ACCAGAGUCGACUUCUCCUCUGUGUGGACAAUAAAAACUAAUACCUGCUGAAAUUUUCUCUUCCAAAACUCUCUUACUAACUUUUCUCCUUGAAGAGAUCAACAGAGCUUCAUCAUGGCAGUUAGCUGCAGACAGAUUCUGGGUUUGGUCUCAGCCAUCAUUGGUGUUCUAGGGACAAUAGUUAUCUGUUUCCUCCCAUUGUGGAAAGUCUCAGACUUCAUUAGUGCUGACAUUGCCACUACUUAUGUGAUCUUUGAGGGUUUGUGGGUGAACUGCAUUCUGCUGACUAAAGAGAUGGAGUGCAAAGAGUAUGAUUCUACGCUCACCUUACCUCAAGACCUGCAGGAUGCCAGAGUGCUCAUCGUUUUUGCUAUCAUCAUCCAGUUCUUUGGGAUUAUGCUUGGUGUAGUUGGGGCCAAGUGCACCAACUUUAUACCAGACGCAAGGCGAAAGACCAAAGCGGAUAUAGCUUCUGGAGUGUUGUUUCUCAUUGCAGCUAGCUUGGUGGCCCUGCCUGUCCACUGGACCACACGCACCAUUGUUAAUGAUAUGUUCAACCCUGACCUGGCCAACGAUCAAAGGAGGGAUCUGGGAGCUUCACUCUUCAUCGGCUUGGUGUCCGCAGGACUGCUAUACCUGGGAGGAGCCCUUCUCUGCUGCUCCUAUUUCUGCAGGAUUGAGACAGAAUGUGACGUUAAAUCUGCACAUACUAACACUAAACAACAACGUUCAUCUAGACAGCGUUCUACUAGAAACAAGAAAAAGGUUUCAUGAUGGUUUCACUCUCUGUUUGACUGAGUCCACUGUUAACAUCAGGUAAUAAAG